AGACACAGAGAGAGAGAGGCCCGGGCCUGGCUGGCAGGCCUCCCGGGGGCAGAGAGACAGAGACAGAGAGAGAGAGACUGACACAGAGAGACAGACAGAGAGACAGACAGACAGACAGACACAGCGACACAGACAGCGAGGCCAUGGACAUCCUCAAAGCCGAGAUCGCCAAGAAAAGGAAGCAGCUGGAGGAGAAGGAGCUGAUUGGGGAGUCAAAGAAGUACUUCAAACGGAGUGAACUGGCCAAAAAGGAAGAGGAGGCGUACAUGGAAAGAUGUGGCUAUAAGGUGCAUUCAAACACAAGCGAAGAGGAGAAGCCGUCAGCAUCAAACCCAGUGCUGGAGCUGGAACUCGCAGAAGAGAAGCUGCCAAUGACCCUCUCCAGGCAAGAGGUGAUCCGAAGACUGAGGGAAAGAGGCGAACCCAUCCGCCUGUUCGGAGAAAGUGAAUACGAGGCAUUUCAGCGUCUCCGAAAGAUAGAAAUCUUAGCUCCGGAGGUUAACAAGGGUCUGAGGAAUGACCUGAAGGCUGCUCUGGAUAAGAUAGACCAGCAGUACCUGAACGAGAUCGUGGUCGGGCAGGAGCCUGGUGAGGAGGAGGGGCAGAAUGAUCUGAAAGUUCACGAGGAGAACACCACGAUAGAGGAGCUGGAGGCCUUGGGGAGGACAUCUUUGGGUCAGGGUAACGACCAUGAAGAUAUGGAGAUUAUAACCAAAGUGCUAAGGUUUAUUCUGGGUGUGUGGGCAAAGGACCUGAACAGCAGGGAGGAUUACUCUAAAUGCAGCGUGCAGGGGAAGCUGGCCAGCGCCACCCACAAACAGACCGAAUCCUACCUAAAGCCUCUCUUCAGGAAACUUCGGAAAAAGAAUUUGCCACAAGACAUCAAAGAGUCCAUUACCGAUAUCAUCAAAUUCAUGUUGCAAAGGGAGUACGUCAAGGCGAACGAUGCUUACCUGCAGAUGGCCAUCGGCAACGCCCCCUGGCCCAUCGGCGUCACCAUGGUGGGCAUUCACGCUCGUACAGGCCGAGAGAAGAUCUUCUCCAAACACGUGGCCCAUGUGUUGAACGACGAGACUCAGCGCAAGUACAUCCAGGGGCUGAAGAGGCUGAUGACCGUCUGUCAGAAACAAUUCACAACCGACCCGUCCAAGUGUGUGGAAUACAACGCACUGUGAGCCGCCGAGGCCCGGACAGAACACUCUCGUGGGAUUUUCCGGAUUUCGGGAAGUGGAGCCUGCUUUGGGAUUGGCGGGUCACAGAGCCUCUUCGGCGCUCGCUCCCUGUCCGUGGAUUCCUUACCUUUUCAACACCGUAGACCUCGCUGGGAUUUCAGUCUGGGUUCGAAAAGCAGCGAGUAUCAUCGCUACCCCACCCUUACAAUGCAUUUUCUUUAUUUUACUAAAAUAAAUGCUAGCGAUACUGUAAACAGCGCCGAGCCUGUCUGCCCGCCCUCGGCCCCUUCAAUCAGACAUACAGCGUAGCGCAAAUGCAGGUUUACAUUGACCUUUCACGCCUGGCUUCUGGGUCCGAACAGAAAUUUGCAAACUGCAGCACUUUCAGGCUUAGUUGGGAAGCCGGCCCGAGUAAAAAAGGCAAGACGGAAAAAUUUAUACUCUUUUGUAAAGAAUGUUUCAAUGCUCGACGCAAGUAUUUUUAAUCCGCCGGGAAAUCUGUGUUCUGGGGAAGUGGAACACAAAGUGUCUGCAUUAGGGAGGCCGCAGAGAUUUGGUUUAUAUAUUUGUAUGUGAAGUGGGGAUGUUAUUAAAUGUUUUCAAUCUC